ACGGAUUAAAGGACUUGGCAUCAACAUUCGCAUCGCCAUUUUCUUCGUUAAUUGUCAUUACUUUCGUAAAUGGUCAUUUUCUAGAUAUUUCAGCAAAUUGAAUUGAAUAAGAAGAGAAAAGAACAGCCCUGCGUUUGUGUUAGUGCGACUCCCCGCCAAUAGUGGCGCUGUUGUAAACUGUGCUUGGCAAAUGAGCGCAGUCCUUCCGCCAAUCAGAGGAAGCCAACGCGGGCUCAAAGACAGAGGAAAAGGAAGCCUUGUUGCCGCCAUUUCACGUGAAAGCAGCGAGGCAAGAGAGAGAGAGAGAUCCCGGGCUCGGCGAAUUCUGAGAUAAGCUUUUUAGACGGAUAAAAUGAGCUACGGAAGGCCGCCGCCUGACGUCGAGGGGAUGACCUCCCUCAAAGUGGACAACCUGACUUAUCGGACUUCACCGGAGACCCUGCGUCGAGUGUUCGAGAAGUAUGGCCGCGUGGGAGACGUGUACAUCCCCCGGGACCGCUACACCAAGGAGAGCCGAGGCUUUGCCUUUGUGCGGUUUCUCGACAAGCGUGACGCCGAGGAUGCCAUGGACGCAAUGGACGGCGCGCUUCUCGACGGGCGGGAGCUUCGGGUGCAGAUGGCCCGUUAUGGACGACCACCAGAUUCUAUGUACGGACGGCGAGGUGCUCCGCCACGCCGAUAUGGCGGGCGCUCAGCCAGCCCCCGUCGCCGCAGGCGUAGCCGAAGCCGCUCCAGGAGCAGAAGCCAUUCCCGAUCCAGGAGCCGCCACCACUACAGCCGCUCCAGGUCCCGCUCUUAUUCCAGGUCCAGAUCCAAGUCCAAGUCUAAGUCCAGAACCCCCAGACGAAGCAAGUCAAAGUCUCCCUCCAGGUCUCGUUCCCGCUCCAGAUCCAAGUCAAGGAGUCGAACCCCGCCUUCCAACAGAGGGUCAAAAUCCAAGUCCAGAUCCAGGUCCAGGUCCAAAUCCAAGAGUAGGCCUAAGUCACCAGAGGACAACGGAACCGAGCCUUAACCCAGACAUGGACGCAGUAUGACGCUGCGGAGUCCUGUUUGCAAAGAGAGGAGGAGGAGAUGGGGGUGUGGCAGUGUGAGAGCAGUUAGUGUGUGACCCGCCCAUGUGACCUGCCUGUUGCUGAGAGCGAUGGCUGUUGCUAAGGAGCAGGUCACCAAGGCAACGGUGGUUGCUAUGGAGCAGGUCGUCAUGGCGGUGGUUCGGGCUGUCAGUUGGUGUAUGAGGUGGUGAGGUGAGGUACGUUCACGGGGAUCACGGGCAGAUGCUCUGAGCACUGCUAUCACCCAUGCCUGUGGUUUCCUCCGCUUCUCUCAGAGGGAACGGACCCAGAGGUUUGUUUUUCACAUAUGCCCGAGUGUAAGAGUCUUCUUACGCCAAGAAUGGUGUAAACAAAUUUUAAGAUCAUUAGAAAUGUUCAGUAUAUUUAUGUAAAAGAUCGAUGCAAAAAAGCCUGUCAUAAAUAUUAUGGGCCGUACACACAAACGGGUUUAGGUGAAGCCACUUAAGCUUAUCAUAUUGGCUUUUUAUCCACACGGAACAGGUGUUUUGGGAGCAUGGACCCAGAGUGGUGAAAUCUCACAACACAACCCUUGUUUUCGUGUUUACUAAUUUGCGUCUGAGAAAACAGUAUCAUGGCCCCAUGUCUCUUGUGCGUGCAUUUGCUGCCGUCUUCCUCUUGUGUUUAGAGUUUGUUUGGUCUAUUUCGCUUUAAGAUACUGACAUUUUCUUUCCAUUGUCUCCUGGCAUGGCUUAUUCUACCUGUUUCUGUGAUUGUAUACAUUGUAACAUACACAUAACAAACAGCAUGCAUGCUCAAAAUCUUAGUAGCAGCAUUUCAGUGCCCUGAGCAGGCCUGGCACAUGUGCUGAAGUGGUAAGUCGUUUUUAAAUCGUCAAAGAAAAAUAUCGUAUAGGGAAGUUCCUGUUUCCGUGUGGAUAGGGCCUUAGUGCCAGGGUGAAGAUGAUCAGACCUCUACUGUUAAAUAACUAGAUCAGCUAUAUGAGUUGAGUUUUUUUGAUUUUGCUCUUAACUGUGUUUUGUCUUUCCUUACAGAUCUCAGAUGACUGAGCCUUUGCCGAGGACAUCGGGAAGAAUCUCACAUUGAGCAAGUGGAUUCCAUAAUAAUGAAUGCAGACUGAAAGGUUAUUGGAGCUUGAUCUAAAUUGUUUUAAAUGUUACAUUUGACUUAAUUUGCUUUAAUUUUGAAACAUUGAUGUCAUUCUUUAUAAAGCCGAGCAUAUUGAAAGGGAUUUGUGAGGUGUCCCCCAUUAAAUUGUUUUUUUUGUUUGUUUUUUUUAAUUGGUCUUGUUUUGAAUUUGUUCUUAAUAAAGUUUUCACACAGAAUAUUUCUUUUAAAUGAAACCCCUUGUUAACUGAUUUUUCCAGAUAAUUUAGAAAAGGUCUUUUUGGGUGUUACAGCUGUGUAACACCACUCUGGGGAAAAUGGCUUGCUGUACAGUAACCUAAGCAAAAACUAAAGUAACGCAGUGCUACUUAAUUUGUGACUUGCUAAUCUGGCAGCUUAGUGUUUUCUACUCUGUCAAAUCUGUUUUCUGUCUGGUCAAGAGAAUUUUUCCUAUGACUCUAACCCUCUUUCUUGUGUAUCUUUUGUGCACUAGGCGCAGUUGUGUAGCAGUUGAGUAAUGCUGGUUAGCUGUUAAGAUGCGGUGCAGUGCGGUGGUGACAUGGUGUGGCGUGUUGCGGUGCUGAGUGCCCGGCACUGUUCCGGGGCUCGACCCUCCGCUGCUGUUUGGCGGUUUGUAAGCUCACAGGUGUGGCAGAUCAUCCAUCCUCUUGUCUUGUGACCUUCUUCCCUCCUUGUCCAGUUCAAAUUCUUCCUCUUCAUUCUCCCUCUUUUCCUUUCCUUCUCUGUGGUUUUUCCUCUGAAAAUCUGGCCUUGCUCGCAAUUGGAAUUUGAGUCCAAUGUGACUCGUAAUGAAGGGUUUUAGAGGCAGUUCAACUGCUUCAUGAAUAAAUUCUGUGUAUUGCAUUCCUCUGUAAACCUCAAAUGUCUUGUAAUUGCUUCAGGUAAAUGCUAAUAAACAUGUUGUCGGAAA